GUCUGCCCUAUACCUAGCUACUUCUCAAAGUGUCCGUACCUAUCUAAGCGAGAUGUGGUGUAGUGCGAAACUUCUAUCCUUGUGGAUAUUAUGUUACUGUUGUGUCCUCGGCCUGACUAAAUCAGUCAGUGACACACCAGAAGAGGAAAAAUUAAUUGACAUUCCAGUAAGACAGAAGCGGACGACAGAUGGCGGAUCAUUACCGCCUCUCCCAAUGACCCAACAGUCCGGAUCCACCCCCAUCGACCGUAGCGGCCAAGCAUCUCAUGACUAUCAACAUGGCGGGGCCAGCUUUGACACUUCGAGUUCCCACCAAGUUAACACGAGAAGAAAUACCGGAGAUGACGAAGUAAGAACGAGGAUGGUUUUCAACACAGCAAAUUAUGACGUCAUUGCCGAAACUGGAGAGAGUACGUAUACUCCAUUUACAAGUGGUUCAAAUGGAAAUACGGGUAAUGGAGGAGGUCAAGGUUAUCAGACCGGGGACAAUAGAAGAACAACAGUUACGCAGUAUUACGUCACUCGCGAAGGAACAGCACAGAGACUGGGAACCAAUGAAGAACGAGGGACUGGAAAUGAUGACGAAGGAUCUACCCAAUACAACUCCGGAGUACAGGUUCAGUACAGCAACACACAACAGAACGGGGACUCACAGAGAAAUCAAGGUCAGACAACACAGAGACAAGGCCAAACGCCUCGCAGACGUCAGGGUCAAACCUCUCAAGGACAAACGACUUAUAACUACAACACUAGAAGUCGGACAUACCCUGGACGAAGCCAGGAUCCAGUACAUACCGCAUACACCCAGUCAUCUGGAGUGGGGAGCAACACGCCUUUGUACACAACAGGGACACAGACCUACCCGUAUUACAACCAGUACCCAUCCAAUACUGGUACAUACACAACAGAAACACGUACUACUCAAUCACAGACCUAUUACCCAUAUCAGACGGGAACAACCUACACUACCGGAAACCGAGGAGGUGGAGGGUCAGGAUAUAGCUCUUUGGGACAGGUCUUCAACCUCAACAACAACCCUCAGUACACCACAUACAAUAGCAGACAGACCAACCCAGGAGGCUACAUCUCUGGGACCAGUUCUGUUCCCAACACUGGAAUCAUUUCUAACGAUCCAAACUGUCCAGUGUCCACAUAUCGGGUCUACAUCAAUAACAUGGAAUGUACUCGAGCUGUGGACACACUCGGCUCCUUCAUCUGUUACAACUACGAAAGGGUGUCACGUGACUGUUGCGAGAAGUGUCUGUCCAUCAAGCGAGCGUCCAAUGUAGGCUGCGAGUACGGAGACAGGUCGUACCAAUGUAGAAACAUGGAACCAUUCGACUGUUAUGCUCCACGUAAUCGUGAGAUCUGCUGCGACACGUGCAACCGUUACGAACUCCAGAGAAAUACAGGUAUUUCCGGUUGCGAAUAUGGUGAUCUUACGCCUCGUUGUCAGAUUGUGAGCGAAAGGCGCCACCUAUGCUAUCUUCCCGAGAAUCAAAGGCUGUGUUGUCUGACGUGUCCAAGAUUAGAGGACAGGUCAAACCCAACGUGUAAAUGGGGCGACCAGAACCCGCAGUUAUGUGAACCCUUCACAAGUGACAACCAGCUGCGUGUGAACUGUUAUCAAACGUCCGUUCGCCAGGUGUGCUGCAGCACGUGCGAAAGGUUGAGGUCAAGGAUACGUGUGAAUAUCCCAGGUUGUCAGUUUGGCGACCGACCAGUGCUUAUGAACACCCAGCUUGGAAUGUUGUCAUGCCGGGAGUACGUCCGUCAGUACGGGGUAGAGGUGUGCGAUACCGAGGCUAUCAACACGCACUGUUGUCACACGUGUUAUCAGUACCGUUCACUCAACAGAGGAUAAUUUCGAACGACGUCAUUCGCUACAAUUCUUUUUCUUUCCUUCUUUCGGCAGCAUUACUUCUGCCGAAAAGUGUGAACAGCUACAAAAUAGCAAAAUAUUUCCUGAUAUCAUUAUACUAUUACACGUCCAUUUUAGCUGGAGCAUUAUCAACCUAAACAGGAGAACUGUGUAUGUGUGAUAUCCUGUGACAGUGGAAACCAUUCGGAAUGAUUAUCACGUGAUGCACAUCAUCCGGAAUUUACACGAACGGUGUUUGUCCGCGAAUCGAAAUGAAUUAAAUUGCUUUGGGGGCUUGUCAAAUCACAGAUAAUUCUCAUAAACGUCCUUGAAUUAGCGAGGUGAACACGCAAGCUUAAAAAUGGUGGUUAAACAGAAGUCACGUGAUGCGGAUGAGUACAGAAUGGUCGGUACACACGUGGAAUAAGAAUGUAAUUUGUGGUCGCCUUUAACGAAUAACACGUGUUAAUUUAUGAAGAAUUAUGAUAUAAUGAAACCAUGGACUUCUUAAAGUUGCCAGCCUUUGUAAUCGGAGAUGUAUUCAUUGCCCCGUAUCAACAGAAUCAUUCGUUACUCCGUGCAACUACAAUCAUUCGCUACUCCGUACAACUACAAUCAUUCGUUACUCCGUACAACUACAAUCAUUCGUUACUCCGGACAACUACAAUCAUUCGUUACUCCGGACAACUACAAUCAUUCGUUACUCCGGACAAAACGUACAAGAAGAGCCAUUCGUUCCUGUGUAAAACAACAUGUACAAUCAUUCGUUAGUUUCCGUGCAAGUAUUGAGGACCGUUCGUUACUCCGUACGAGUAGAAUCAUUCGUGUCUCCACACAAGUACCGAGAACCGUUCGCUUUUCCGUACGAAAAGAAUCAUUCGUGUCUCCACACAAGUACCGAGAACCGUUCGCUUUUCCGUACGAAAAGAAUCAUUCGUGUCUCCACACAAGUACCGAGAACCGUUCGCUUUUCCGUACGAAAAGAAUCAUUCGUUUCUCCACACAAGUAUUGAGGACCGUUCGUUGUUCCGUACUCAUAGAGGCAUUCGUUACUCCGUACAACUACAAUUAUUCGUUACUUUCCGUAUACGUAUUGAGGACCGUUCGUUUUUCCGUACGAGUAGAAUCAUUCGUUACUCCGUACAACUACAAUCAUUCGUUAGUUUCCGUACCAGAAGUGAUGGCCAUUCAUUACUACGGACUAGUAGAAUCAUUCGUUACUCCGUACAACUACAAUCAUUCGUUAGUUUCCGUACCAGAAGUGAUGGCCAUUCAUUACUACGGACUAGUAGAAUCAUUCGUUACUCCGUACAACUACAAUCAUUCGUUAGUUUCCGUACCAGAAGUGAUGGCCAUUCAUUACUACGGACUAGUAGAAUCAUUCGUUACUCCGUACAACUACAAUCAUUCGUUAGUUUCCGUACCAGAAGUGAUGGCCAUUCAUUACUACGGACUAGUAGAAUCAUUCGUUACUCCGUACAACUACAAUCAUUCGUUAGUUUCCGUACCAGAAGUGAUGGCCAUUCAUUACUACGGACUAGUAGAAUCAUUCGUUACUCCGUACAACUACAAUCAUUCGUUAGUUUCCGUACCAGAAGUGAUGGCCAUUCAUUACUACGGACUAGUAGAAUCAUUCGUUACCUUCCGUACAACUACAAACAUUCGUUACUUUCCGUACAGGGGCUGUUUAUUGUCCCGUUCUACUAAAACUAUACUUGACCUGUACUUCUGGAACCUUCAUUACUGCGUAAUGGUAGAACCGUUUGUUUCUCCAUGGUAGUAUAGAACCAUGCAGAAACCAAUCGUUAUCCGAACCGAUAGGACGAACUGCUGAUCUCUACUUGUAAAACAAUUCCUUGCUCUGUAUUUAUGGAACCAUUCUUUACUCUGUACGAAUAGGUAAUUUGUUCUCUACCAGUAGGACGAUUCCGGUUUUUUCUUACUACAGUGUUGUAGAACCACCCAUUCUUCUGUAAUAGGAGAACAUCGCUACUCUGGUUUAAUAGAUCCAAACUUCCAUAUGUAUAAAAGAAUUCUAUAUUUCUUUAGGUCAAGAACUUCAUUAUAUUGUAAGACGAUCAUAUAAGAGGUGACGUCACGUAUGGGGACUACAUAUGUCACGACCUCGAUCCAAUUACCACAUCCAUGUGUAUUCAUGGACUUGGGUCUCUUUCCGUUUUGUUUGGUCACGAGAGUACGCGAGAGAAGACAAAGUGGUACUCUGACGUAAUGAGCUUGUUAAGACCAUAUGCUGAAGGAAAGUAAAGCGACACCGAACGAGCGACCGACUUGAUGCUGAGGGCUAUACAGGAUAUAUAUUUGUAUCGGUGAUGUUGUAAACUCCGUUUAGUUCCGCAAUAUUGUCCGUAACAUACAUCUGUUAUAAAUUCUCUAUAUUUCCUUCUGGAACUAUUACGCAGUUACGUUCGUCUGUAGAAGAGUUUCAUAGCGAUUCAGCAGUUUGUAUGUGUUCCAUGAUAACCUUCUUUAACAUUUCUCAAUAUCUUUUUUCCGCAGUAAUGUCUGUUACAGUUCCUCAGUAAUGUCUGUUACAGUUCCGCAGUAAUGUCUGUUACAGUUCCUCAGUAAUGUCUGUUACAGUUCCGCAGUAAUGUCUGUUACAGUUCCGCAGUAAUGUCUGUUACAGUUCCGCAGUAAUGUCUGUUACAGUUCCGCAGUAAUGUCUGUUACAGUUCCUCAGUAAUGUCUGUUAUAGUUUCGCGAUAACGUUUGUGAUAGCUUGAGUCGUUUUCUUGCAUCAUUUGUAUGGCUCAACUGUUCCACUCGAAGAUUCCCGGAAAAACUCGGCUGUAAUAUCCCACUUUUAAGGAUGCUAUUGAACACUUCAUCUUUAAAAGGUUCUGGCUUGAAUUAUCUCCAAGGUAAAGGUUAGGAUGUAAUGAUGUUCGGAACACCUCGGAUGUAAUGUUCAGGUUGAAGAUAUGCUCAGAUCUGCUGAUCUCUAAUGUUUUGACUGUAAUUAGGCUCGGAACAGCUCGGCUGUAAUGUUCUGGCUGUAAUAAGACUCGAACAACUCAGCUGUAAUGUUCUGGCUGUAAUAAGGGUCGGAACAGCUCGACUGUAAUGUUCAGGCUGUAAUAAGGCUCGGAACAGCUCAGUUGUAAUGUUCUGGCUGUAAUAUGAUAAGGCUCGGAACAGCUUGGCUGUAAUGUUCUAGCUGUAAUAAGGCUCGGAACAGCUCAGUUGUAAUGUUCUGGCUGUAAUAAGGCUCGAAUUAGCUCAGCUGUAAUAAGGCUCGAAACACCUCAGUUGUAAUGUUCUGGCUGUAAUAUGAUAAGGCUCGGAACGGCGGUUAUAAUGUUUUGGUUGCGAUGGUGCUCGGAACCGUUUGGCUGUAAUGUUGUGAUGGUGCUCGGAACCGUUCGGCUGUAAUGUUGUGAUGGUGCUCGGAACCGUUCGGCUGUAAUGUUGUGAUGGUGCUCGGAACCGUUCGGCUGUAAUGUUGUGAUGGUGCUCGGAACCGUUCGGCUGUAAUGCGAUGGUGCUCGGAAUCGUUCGAUUGGCAUAUUGUGAUGGUGCUCGGAACCGUUCGGCUGUAAUAUUGUGAUGUUGUUCGGAACCGUUCGGCUGUAAUAUUGUGAUGGUGCUCGGAACCGUUCGAUUGGUAUGUUGUGGUGGUGCUCGGAACCGUUCGACUGUAAUGCGAUGGUGCUCGGAAUCGUUCGAUUGGCAUAUUGUGAUGGUGCUCGGAACCGUUCGGCUGUAAUAUUGUGAUGUUGUUCGGAACCGUUCGGCUGUAAUAUUGUGAUGGUGCUCGGAACAGCUUGUAUCUGUAAUAGUGCUUGUUAUCAUGUUAUAUUUUGCGUAACCCGUCCAUCUGUUAUACUUACUAAAACUGCAAUCUAAAUCCCGAACAAUUUCACUUUACAUAUACAAUUAUUUCAGACCAUUAUCCAGAUAUUGAAUGGUUAUAAAAACACAGUGGACACGUGAAAACACCUUCAAUUCUUCUAUUGUACCCAAAAUAUCUCCGAUAAGGUUUAAUACAACUAUGCUACUAUACGUAUUAUGUAUGUAGCAAUACAAUGUAUUAUGAAAAGACACGCCCACUAUAUACCAAAUUCAUCAAUUCUAGAAGAAAAUUUUAUUGAUUUUAGUCAAAUUAUCAUUACAGUUCACAUUUUAAAAGACUGCCUUGGAAUCUUUAUGCAAAUUGUACAUAUCUAUUUAUUUUUUUACCAUAACAUUUUAAUGUAUAUGUGUAAGGUGCCCUGACUGUUUAUAAACCAUCUAGUUUGUUUUAAAAAUAUCAAUUUAAUAUCACGACACAUACCUACACGGAACAUUAUCAUAUGUUUUUGUAUAUAAUUGUACAUUUUAAUUUUGCAUUUUAUUAAAAACUUUCUAAAUUAAAA